AGCGACGCGACCGUGAGUGAACAUCGUGUCUGUGUGUGGUGAUUGUUCUGUGACGAGUUUUAAAGUUCUACAAACAUGGAUUGGAGACCGGUUAUUCUUCUGUGCUUUAUAGGAGCUGUUUUCGCCCAGAAACCCCAGUUGAAGCCGAUGUCAGCGCAAACUGAACCUGUCACCAAGUCACAGAACGAGUCGUACGUGGUGACUUGCAUCACGAAUUCCACGGACAAGGGGGAAUGGACGGGGCCAAAAGGGAAGCUGCCAAUGGGGAGUGGCAGAAUUCACGUAGAGGACCGCGGAACUUAUGGGCUUUCUCUGAUGUUCGAUCGUAUAGAAAUAUCGGACAAAGGACUAUACGUGUGCAAGGCCAACAAAGAUCAAGUCAGCUUUACUCUCAAUGUCAUCACUGUUCCUCGGUUAAAGAACAGUCCCUUGGUGCAGCACGUAAAGGAGUUUGGUACUAAGAUUAUUAAGUGUGAAGUAGAGGGGGAGCCAAAACCUGUAGUCACUUGGCAGAGGAAUGGUGUAUCUGUUGAAGAGAUUCCAGACAGGAAGUACGUCCCGGACUCGUCAGGGCUGAAGAUCAUCAACGCGACCAAGAAAGACGCUGGCCUGUUCACCUGUAGGGCGCUACAGAUCAGCAGCGGCGCCAGCUCGAUAUACACCUGGGACAUCACGCUCAAAGUCGAACAUAAGCCGGAAUGGAAGGAGCCCGGAGGGGAAGUCAAGGCCUUCGGUUACUUGACUGGGGAGACCAACCUGACGUGUGAGGCUGUAGCAGAGCCUGAGGCCAACUAUACUUGGAGUAGAGUGAACCAUUCACACAAACAUCUGCCUCGCAACACUACUGAGAUACGCGAGCCCGGCCGCAGUGUACUCAAGAUGCAGGUACACAACGACUCCUACGGGACCUACAAGUGUGAAGCUGUCAACCACCUUGGCAGGAUCAGCCGUGUGUUCACCCUAAGUCCCGGGGAGAAGCCAGGGGUUCCCACAGGAGUACGUCUGGUGGAGACCACUGUCCACACCGCCACUCUCAAGGUUGCCAGCGAUACACCCCCUGAUGACUUGGUGGGGUACAGGGUGCAGUUUGUCAUCACUCGUCCAGGGGUGGAAAUCUCCUGGGAACGACCAGACUUCCAGGAUAUCCCGAAACAUGAGAAAAAGCACUACGUUGUUGUGGAUUUGUUGGAAAACACGGCCUAUGCAGCGAAAGUCGCCACCCGGAGUGUUGCGGGCCUCAGCGACUUUACUGAUGACUUUGUAACUUUCAGGACACUAAAGAAUGGGGAACCCAGUGCAUCUUGGAGGGUAAUCUGUCAACCAAUUGCCGUCAUAUUCUCCAUCAUUAUUGCGUCAGCCGUCCAUUAGUACUGACAACAACGCCACGGAAUUGGUAACACUUAAUUAUGCAUUUAUUCGUUACUAUGGACAUUAAAUUUUCCAUGGAGAGUUUAAUGAGCUACUAAUCAACAAAAAUUUUUAAAGAUUUUUUGUAAACCGACCUAUAAAUUGUUUGACAGUUUUUAUAUCUAUACUAAAAUGUCGAUAUUCUACAUUAUGAAAGAAAUAUCUACAAUUAAAAAAUUAUAUACUUUUGAUUUUUUUCGGUCUCUAAUCAAAAUGAAGGUUUCAAACUUAUUUAUUAAAGGAAAUUUUAUAUUUUAUCUAGGACGUUAAUGAUUGUUUGUUCAAUAUAAAAUUAUAUGGAUACUACGUUUGGAUAAAAAAAAUAAGUUGAUAUAGUUUAAAGAUGUUUACAGGGUGUCUUAAAAUUUAGAACGUUAAUGUUAACUACUUUUAACAAUUCUCACCAUCAGCUAGAAUUUAUAUUUCCAUUAUGUAUGACUAUAACUACUAUAAGUUUGAUUUAAAAUCAUAAAAUACAAUUAUUAAAAUGUUACGUAGGUUAUCUGCAUUAUCAAAUCGUUUCUAAAAUGUAAAUAUAAACAAUAUAAAGACUCUAUAUUGCCUUCGUUUAGAUCAAAGUGUACACAAUUAUCAAAUAAUUGUAGCUAUUAUUUGUUAAGUAAAAUAUCUACUGACGCUUUUGUAUAAUCGGUGGUGAAUCGUAAUUAAAACAUAAGUUGACGAUGAAAAGUAUAUACACGUUGGAAGUGAGUGUUGCUUUAUGUUUUGUGUGAUAUAUGUGAGACGAGGAGAUAUAUAUUUUGUAAAUAUGUAGUAUAUGUCACCACAAUUAUGUAAAUAUAGUAUAACGAUGUAGGUACUAAUUAAUUAAAGCUAGGAAUAUUCACAUUAUCCUCAAGGCUUCCAAGUGGCUGAUGAUAAUACCUAUAAUUAUUAUACCUAUUAAAUUAUUAAAUAAUUUAAAUUUUUGUAAGUUUUUUUAAAUCAUAUAAUUUACAUUAAAGUAGUUAUUAAUCCAUGGAUGAAGCAUGCGCUUAAUGCGCUUAAAGACUCUCUGAAUUCUACUCGGAGAGUUUAAACAUCAAUGUUUUAGAAUCUAUCUUAUGUAUAUAUUUUUUUCUUUGAGAUUUCCCAUGCUUGAUAUGUUCCCAUUGUUACAUAUACAUGUAAAUAUCUGGUGGUAUAACCAUAUCGGCCACUUGGAGUCGUUAACAAUCACAUUCUCCCAGCUUACUGUUCCAUCUAUCUGUGAUGUUCAACGUAGUAAUUUGUUUAAAUAUUUCUAACAAUACUAUUAAUACAAACAUUCCUAACCAUAGCUUGUACUGGUUGUUUUACCAUCCUCUUUAAUGCCAAAGAACAUUAUAUUGAUCUAUUUACAAAGGAAAUCUUUUAAGUAAAUUAUUAGAUUAUAGAUUAUAAGUUGUCUUAAAAAUAUUAAAUUUUGUUACGAUAAAUCCUACUGUAUUAUUUGAAUCGUAAUUUGUUGA